GAGAUUUGCACGUGACCAGAUCCUUUGUAGCCUAUAAAUACCGGAAGCAUCGCUGCUGUUGUACAUAUUGUGGCGUCGUGAUUUGCGUUGUAUCGACUGUCGUCUUGUUUUCUGUUGUUGUUGUUGUUGUAGUUUUGCUGGUUUUCGAUUGUUUGGGGUUUAGAGAAGGAAGCGUUUUGUUGGAGGAAUUUUUGUUGAUUUGAGCUUCGUAGUGCGGUUUUUGUGUGUGUAUUUUUUAAUUGAUUUGGUGUUUUUGGUGAGGAUCGCGAGGAAGAGACAAUGACGGUGGGUGCUGGGAUUUCUGUGAGUGGUGGGAGGUUGAAUGUGUUGGGGGAGAGCGUUUUGACUGAUGUUCGGGAGAACAUUAGCGUGACGCCGGCAAGUGGUGGAACCUUGAUCAAUGGAGCUUUUCUCGGUGUUAGAUCUGAUCAGGUUGGGAGCCGAAUGGUCUUCCCCGUCGGCAAACUCCGGGAUUUGAGAUUCAUGUGCGUUUUCCGUUUCAAAAUGUGGUGGAUGACACAGAGGAUGGGGACGUGUGGUCAGGACAUUCCAUUCGAGACCCAAUUUUUAAUGGUGGAAGUGCGUGAUGGUUCGCAUUUUAGCGAAAAUGCAGAGGAACAGUCUGCGUUGUAUGUUGCAUUUCUUCCUAUUUUAGAGGGGAAUUUUAGAGCUGUUCUACAAGGAAAUGCUAAUGAUGAGUUGGAAAUCUGCUUGGAAAGUGGUGAUCCUGCUGUGCAAGAGUUCGAGGGAAGCCAUUUAGUAUUUGUUGGAGCUGGAUCAGAUCCAUUCGAUGUGAUCACAAAUGCAGUCAAGAGUGUCGAAGGUCAUUUGCAGACUUUCUGCCACCGUGACAGGAAGAAGAUGCCAGAUAUGUUGAACUGGUUUGGAUGGUGUACAUGGGAUGCUUUCUAUACUAACGUCACUGCUCAGGGAGUGAAGCAGGGAUUAGAGAGUUUGGAGAAAGGAGGGAUUCCACCAAAGUUUGUAAUCAUCGAUGAUGGAUGGCAGUCAGUUGGGAUGGAUCCAACCAGUGAGGCUACAAAAGCCGAUAAUUGCGCCAACUUUGCAAAUAGGUUAACUAACAUCAAGGAGAAUCACAAAUUCCAGAAGGAUGGAAAAGAGGGCCAAAGGAUAGAGGAUCCAGCCAUGGGAAUCAAACACAUCGUAGCUGAUAUUAAAGACCGGAAUUCGGUGAAGUAUGUGUAUGUCUGGCACGCCUUGACCGGUUACUGGGGUGGCGUCCGGCCUGGUGUGGCUGGAAUGGAACAUUACGAAUCGAAGAUGGCUUAUCCCGUCUCAUCUCCUGGUGUUCAGUCGAACGAGCCGUGUGAUGCUUUAAACAGCAUCACCAAGAAUGGUUUAGGCUUAGUUAAUCCGGAGAAAGUCUUUAGUUUCUACAAUGAGCUACAUUCGUACCUUUCUUCAGCCGGCAUCGAUGGGGUCAAGGUAGAUGUCCAGAACAUCCUGGAGACACUCGGCGCCGGCAAUGGUGGAAGGGUGAAACUUGCUAAAAAAUACCACCAAGCUCUUGAAGCAUCCAUUUCUAGGAACUUCCCUGAUAAUGGAAUUAUUUCUUGCAUGAGUCACAACACAGAUGGCUUGUACAGCGCGAAAAGAACAGCUGUUAUCCGAGCAUCGGAUGAUUUUUGGCCCAGAGAUCCCGCCUCGCAUACGAUUCACAUUGCAUCGGUCGCCUACAACACCGUGUUUUUAGGGGAGUUUAUGCAGCCGGAUUGGGACAUGUUUCAUAGCUUGCACGAAAUGGCUGAAUAUCACGGCGCAGCGCGAGCUGUGGGUGGAUGCGCUAUAUACGUGAGCGACAAGCCGGGGCAGCAUGACUUUAACCUUCUCAAGAAGCUUGUACUCCCCGAUGGCUCCAUUUUACGCGCAAAACUCCCCGGAAGACCGACCCGUGAUUGCCUGUUUUCGGAUCCUGCCAGAGAUGGAAAGAGCUUGUUAAAAAUCUGGAAUCUCAACGACCACAACGGCGUUGUGGGUGCAUUUAACUGCCAAGGAGCCGGUUGGUGUCGACAAGGGAAGAAGAACCUAAUCCACGACCUAGAGCCCGGUACAAUAACCGGAACCAUUCGAGCCAAAGACGUCAAUUAUCUAUCACGAGUUGCCGGCGACAAAUGGACAGGAGACGCUGUCGUCUACUCUCACCUCAACGGAGAUUUGGUUUAUCUUGCCAACGAUAUUUCCAUUCCGAUCACACUCAAGGCACGAGAAUACGAGGUGUUCACAGUGUGCCCCGUGAAGCAGAUGUCGAACGGAGUCAAGUUCGCGCCAAUAGGCCUAACGAAAAUGUUCAAUUCGGGAGGUGCGAUCAAGGGGUUGGAUUAUGAGGUCGGGGCAGUGUGCAUGAAAGUGCGAGGUUGCGGCCCGUUGGGUGCGUAUUCGUCGGCAAGACCAAAGUGUGUGGAAAUUGAGGGGGAGGAGGUGGAAUUCGAUUACUUGGAAGAGACUGGACUGGUUAGCGUUGGUUUGAGAACUCCGGAGAAAGAGAUGUACAUUUGGGAUGUUGUUGUCCGCUUCUGAGACUACGAAGUUACGUUGUUGUCCUGCAUUGUUUCACCCAAUUUUCAGAUUAAGGUUCGUUACUAGUUGCAGCAGCACUCGGUCUUGGACUGAGUGAGUGUGUGAGGGUAGUGUUGUACUGGGAUGGAUGGGCCUUCUCUCAUACUAAUCUAAUCUAACCUAAUCAUUCAUUCUA